CGCGGGAAUCUGAAACUCAAGUACAAAAUGGCAAAAAGAAUCCAUCAAGCCCAGAUAUAACAUACUUUUCUAUUCGUAUUGGACAAAAAAUGAAAGUUAUUCUUAAUGAUCGUGAGUUUAUUAUUACUAUAGCAGUUAGUUAUUCUAACAAUCCUUAUCUUCCUGGUUAUAAUUGUCAAAGUGAUACCCUUUACAUUGAAACUCCAGUUCAUGAUCCUAGUACUGCAAUUUCUUCAAUUUAUACUCAUAUUUUCAAUAUGAAAACUCGUUAUUCAGGUCCACUUAUUAUAGGAUGGACAGAUCAUGAUAUUGUUUCACAACUAUUAGCUAUUGUUCCUUUUUUUUCUUUUUUUUUAAUUUGGGCCAACUUAAGAUUUUUGUUUUUGGAAUUAGGUCAUCUUCUCAAGAAGAUUAGAGUAAAGGCAGUUCAGGAUGAUAUAUAUAAGGUCAAAGUUUAUCAAGAUUCACAAUUAAAGAAGUCAGUAGAGAGAAUAUCUCCAAAUGAUGUUUGGGAAAAUUUUAGUAUUAAUAAAUACAAUGGCAUCCAACUUUUUGGUCUUGACUAUGUUAUUACUUAA